ACGCCCACGGUAGGCAUGCGCCAUGACAUCAUCACGCCGAGGCUGUAUCCCGCGCCCGCCCCUCCUCGGCGGAGCGAAUUUUUUUUAAAGAUGGCGUCCAUCAUGGAAGGGCCACUCAGCAAAUGGACUAACGUCAUGAAGGGCUGGCAGUACCGCUGGUUUGUUUUGGAUUACAACGCGGGCCUUCUUUCCUACUACACGUCCAAAGACAAGAUGAUGAGGGGCUCACGUAGAGGCUGUGUGCGGCUCCGGGGUGCCGUGAUUGGCAUAGACGACGAGGACGACAGCACCUUCACCAUCACUGUUGAUCAGAAGACUUUCCACUUUCAAGCUCGUGAUGCAGAUGAGAGAGAGAAGUGGAUCCAUGCCCUAGAGGGCACUAUUCUCCGCCACACACUGCAGUUGCGGGAGGCGGAGACAGGAUUGGUUCCCAGCGUUCAAGACUUUGACAAGAAGCUUGCAGAAGCAGAUGCUUAUCUGCAGAUACUGAUUGACCAAUUAAAAAUAUUUGAUGAAAAAAUCAGAAGCUGCAAAGAUGAUGAACAGAGGCGGAAAAUUGAAAACUUAAAAGAGACUACAAGUAGCAUGGUCGAGUCAAUCAAACAUUGUAUUGUGCUGCUGCAGAUUGCCAAGGAUCAAAGUAAAGAACAGAAGCACGAGAAUGGACUUCUAGUAAGUUUAAUAUUCUUAUCUAAACUUAGUCUCUCCUCUGUUGCCAUGCUGGACAAGCGAGCGAUCAACACAGCGAGACGGAGGACGGACUGCACAGGUAGUUAG